CGACAAUCCAGAAUUGAUACACCGUCUCAUCCUGGAGGUGUAAGUAAUGCGGUAUUAGACCGACGUCAAGACCGGCAUGACAGAGAUAAAGACAAGGGAGUAUAUGCUUCAUCUAAACAUCAUGACAGGGAUAGAAAGAAGGACAGAAAGGAUAGAGAAAGAGACAGGCGACAUGAUAGAGAUAGGGAUAGAGAUAGACGGAAGAACAGAGAUAGAGAUGGAGACUACCGUAGUGAGAGAGGUUCAGAGCGCAGAGACAGGAACUCUGAUCGUCGAGAUCGACAUUCUGAAAGAAGUUCUCGCAGUUCUAGAGACUGGAAUGAUACUCCACGCAGAAGAAAUGAGCCUGCAACUCCUAAUAUAAGGCCGAAAGACACACCGUCUAGAUCUGCAUGGGACGAUGAUGAGGAUUUUACACCUCCAAAACGAUCAAGUUGGGAUAUGCUCACACCUAGUGGAUACGAUGACCGGGAGAGUGACCUUGAUACACCCUCUGAUUAUAGAAGAUCUAAAAGUUCAAGAUCAAGGAAUUACAGUAAAGAAACACCUUUACCUACGCCGUCAUACAAAUACAAUGAAUGGAUGGAUGAUAGAAAGAAAAUAAAAUAUACACCUAAAGAUUCCAGCAGACAAGAGAGGGUAGAUUUAGAGUUCAAGGAUGAUGAUGAUAAAGCAGACUGGGAGGAAGAACAGAAGAGACUUGAUCGAGAAUGGUACGGUCUCGAUGAAGGUUAUGACGACCAACAUAAUCCAUUCGCUGGCAUGUCAGAGAACUAUACAAAGAAGAAGGAGGAGGAAAUAGAAAAAAGAAAGAAAAAUCGAAUGUCUGCAAGACAGCGGCAGAUAAAUCAGGAUAUAGAAAAGUGGGAGACAAACAGAAUGUUACGUAGUGGCGUUGUGGAGAAGUUAAAUUAUGAUGAGGACUUUGAGGAGGAGAAUGAAGCCAGGGUUCAUCUUCUUGUACAUAAUAUAGUACCACCAUUCCUGGAUGGGAGAAUUGUGUUCACUAAACAGCCCGAACCUGUUAUACCUAUAAAGGAUCCUACCUCAGACAUGGCAGUGGUAUCUAAGAAAGGCUGUGCUGUAGUCAGGGUACACAGAGAACAGAAGGAAAGAAGAAAAGCUCAGAAAAAGGAAUGGGAGCUUGCUGGAACAAGGAUAGGGGAGAUAAUGGGGGUCAAGAAAAAAGAAGAAGAGGAUGAACGUGAGGAGAAAGACUACAAACAAGACUACAAGUUUGCUGAUUUACUACAAGACAAGACCGACGCUGUCAGUGAUUUUGCUAAGAGGAAAACAAUGUCACAACAGAGACAAUACCUACCAAUCUUUGCUGUCAGGAAUGAGUUAUUAAAUAUUAUACGAGAUAACAGUGUUGUGAUCAUUGUCGGAGAAACAGGAUCAGGAAAGACAACACAGCUUACACAGUAUUUACAUGAAGAUGGUUACACCAAGUAUGGUAUGGUAGGUUGUACACAACCUCGUAGAGUAGCAGCCAUGUCCGUUGCUAAGCGUGUAUCCGAGGAGUUGGGAGUUAAACUUGGAGAUGAGGUCGGCUAUGCUAUGAGAUUUGAGGACUGUACCAGUGAGAAUACAAUGAUCAAGUAUAUGACUGAUGGUAUAUUGUUACGAGAAUCUCUGAGAGAGUCAGAUCUGGAUCAUUACAGCGCUAUAGUGAUGGACGAAGCUCACGAACGUUCCCUCAACACAGAUGUUCUGUUUGGACUGUUAAGAGACGUAGUUUCUAGAAGACAGGACUUAAAGUUGAUUGUAACCUCGGCAACUAUGGAUGCUGGAAAAUUUGCUCAGUUCUUUGGCAAUGUGCCAACGUAUACAAUUCCGGGAAGAACGUUUCCUGUGGACAUCCUGUAUGCCAAAAAUCCUGUGGAAGAUUAUGUUGAUGCAGCUGUCAAACAAGCUUUACAGAUUCACUUAAUGGGUCUUGAAGGUGAUAUCUUAGUGUUCAUGCCAGGUCAAGAGGAUAUUGAGGUCUCAUGUGAGUUAUUAGGAGAGAGACUAGAAGAAUUAGAUGAUGCUCCUCCCCUGGCAAUUCUACCUAUAUAUUCCCAGUUACCUAGUGAUCUCCAGGCUAAAAUUUUCCAGAAAGCUCCAGAUGGAAUAAGGAAAUGUAUUGUAGCCACAAAUAUUGCUGAAACCUCUCUCACAGUUGAUGGAAUCAUGUUUGUAGUGGAUUCUGGGUACUGUAAACUUAAAGUGUUCAAUCCUAAAGUCGGUAUGGAUGCCCUUCAGGUCUUCCCUAUUAGUCAGGCAAAUGCCAAUCAGAGGUCAGGGAGGGCAGGAAGAACAGGUCCAGGACAAGCUUACAGAUUAUAUACAGCCAGGCAGUAUAAAGAUGAACUUCUCACAAUGACCGUCCCCGAAAUACAACGUACAAACCUCGCCAAUGUUGUACUACUGUUGAAAUCCCUUGGUGUCCAGGAUCUGCUCCAGUUCCAUUUUAUGGACCCACCACCUCAGGAUAACAUAUUAAACUCCAUGUACCAGUUAUGGAUUUUAGGAGCAUUAGACAAUACAGGGGCAUUAACUCCGAUGGGAAGAAAUAUGGUUGAGUUCCCGCUAGAUCCAGCCCUCUCCAAAAUGUUGAUCAAAUCGCUAGAGAUGGAGUGCAGUGCUGAAACUCUCUUCUUUCGGAGAGAUCGACAAUCAAAUGGUGGAGGUAUUGUUGUAUUUGUGAAAGAAAACUACCCUUGUGUUAGGCGUGAAGAUCUUGAAAACACCAAUAUGGAAAUUAUUUUACUGGAAAUUAAACCAUUUAAUCAAAAACCAUUUAUUCUUGGAUAUGUGUAUCGACCACCAUCAUCCCUGUCAUCUUGGAACUCGAUGUAUGAAGAUACCCUGGAAAAAUUAAUUUGUGAAGACAAGGAACUGUUGAUAAUGGGAGACUUUAAUAUUGAUUUUAAAACUGAAAAUUCAUUGAAAUCAAACUGGUUAAAACUAAAUGACAGUUACAAUCUUUGCCAAAUGUGUACGCAACACACACUCCCAGAAAUUAAUGACAGCCAAGAAAAUUCAAACUUUUCUUCUAAAUUUGAAAUACCACUUGUAACGAAAGAGUUUGUUCAAAAAGAGUUACUAAAUCUUGACGAAAGCAAGUCUACAGGUCUGGAUGAACUUGGGCCAAAAUAUCUAAAAAUGUCAGCUGACAUCAUAGCGAAUUCAAUUACAUAUAUUAUGAACUUAAGCAUUUCUAAUGAUAUAUUCCCAAACCAAUUUAAGAUUGCAAAAGUUACACCUAUAUUUAAAAAAGGUUCUAAAAGUGACAAAUGCAACUACAGACCAAUCUCAAUCCUUCCAAUACUAACCAAAAUCAUUGAACGCCAUGUCUCUAAUAACCUCAAAGACUUUCUAGAAUCUAACAACUUAAUCUAUAACUAUCAGUCUGGCUUUAGAAAAGAUCACUCCUGUGAAACUGCCUUACUUUCAAUAGUAGAUAGGUGGAUAAAUGCUAUUAACGAUGGAAAAGUUGUUGGAACACUGUUUCUCGACCUUUCAAAGGCGUUCGACCUAGUAGAUCACUCUAUUCUUAUCCAGAAACUACAAACACUUAAUAUCAGCAAUAAAACAAUACUGUGGUUUAAGUCCUACCUACAGGAUAGGCUUCAAAAGGUAUCUAUAUCUGGGAAACUAUCAAAACCAGGACAUAUAAAAUCAGGAGUUCCCCAAGGAUCUGUUCUUGGUCCACUUUUAUUUCAUAUAUAUAUAAAUGAUCUUCCAAAUGAACUAAAGGAAAUUUUUACAGAUAUAUUUGCUGAUGAUACAACUAUUUCUGCAGUUGGAACAACUUAUCUGGAAGUACAAACAAAAUUACAAACUGCAUUAGAUAAUUGGCUACAGAAACAAUAG